CUCUAGUUGAAACAAGAGAGCUGGACCCGUGAACAGAAAAAUAUGUAUCUAUAAGAUAAAAUCGGAUAAACAUUGAGUUUAAAUAAUUGUUAAAUUGACUGCAACUGCAGUUUUAGGUGCUUAUGCAUCAAUACAUGUUGAAUACCCAAGUACUAAGUGCAAGCGAAGAGUGCGAGUGAAAUGUUAGUAUAUUCUAUUGAUUUUUCAAAACCCGAAUCAAAAUCUGUGUGUGGGUGUUGAAGUGUGGAUACAUAUGAGCGGACUGAGAUUGAGAUUGAUUGGAUUGGAUUUUUUGAUGCAGAUGCAGGUGCAUAAGUGCAUGUGAAGAUAAAGAAGUAGAAACACUAUCAACCCAUCUAUUCUCUCAGCAUCCGAAUUCGCAGCACCAUGCCGUUGAACAAAGAUUAUAAUGUUUACGGUUACCUGGUUAUCUACCUGGCACUGGUCGUUUUCAGUGGGGCAUUCGCUUCUUCCUCGUUGAAUACGGGGAUGGGGAUUGGAUCGACCUCAAAUGAAAAUGAAGACGAAUAUCUAACGCAGCGAGAAAAUAUAUUGGAAAAAUCUUAUCAUGGCCUGAUUCGUGAAAAUGAGACUCUUGUGGAGAUAACGCCGCUAAUAAAAGUGGACGAAGAGAAGAUUUGCAAUUUUCGCAUCCUGAAAAAGCCGUACCAUGAAAUACCAUUCCAGAUCGAACUAGUAAAUAACUUGGGCAUUUUAAGAGCACGCCGUACGCUGAAUUGCGAAAAGCGAAAGAGCUAUCACUUUGAGAUCGUGGCCAUAUAUUGUGACGGAACGCCAUCGAACACAGCGAAUGUUCACAUAACCGUCAUUGAUAUCAAUGAAUAUGCACCCACGUUCCUAGAACCAUCGUACGUGACUGAAGUCGACGAGGGUCGUCUUUAUAACGAGAUUAUACGUGUUGAAGCUUCGGACAAGGACUGUACCCCAUUGUUUGGGGACGUCUGCAAAUAUGAGAUACUCAACAAUGAUGAGCCCUUUGCCAUUGACAACGAGGGGUCGAUCAAGAACACCGAACCACUUUCGCACAAGGCAUCCCAUAAUCACAUUCUGUCGGUAGUGGCCUAUGAUUGUGCUAUGAAAGAGUCGACACCCAUUAUGGUCAGCAUCAAGGUGCGACGGGUGUGUGAGGCAAAGUUUUUGGGCAUCCCUGAACGUAUUGAUUACACCUCCGGCAGCACCGACAGUCUACAGUUGUUCCCGAAUGCUCGGCUGGAUCUGUGCGAUAUCUCCUGUAGCAAUGAAGAGCUGAACAUACACGCUUCUAUAGCUCUAAAGACCAAACAUAUCUCCUUCGGAUGCGACCGCGACGUAUCCAAUUGCUCUGGAAGUUUGGCCAUGAAAGAUCUGUUGCCUCAGGGAGCAGAGUGGACCAAAGAGUUGAGUUUCGAUGAAGGAGCUGAGCCGAUAUUCCACUUCGACGGAUCGGCCGGUGUCGUUGUGCCAGAUUCCUUUAUUGGACAUUAUGAUUUCUCUGUCCGGCCUUUUGGCAUUAUGACAAUUUUCCGCCACAGCGGUCAAAGCUCCACCAACAAGCAUGUGAAGGAGCAUAUCGUGUGCAGUGCCGAUGACCACAAGAUGAACCGCCACCACAUGGCCCUGUUCGUGCGUAACUGCCGGUUAAUCCUUUUGCUGCGCAAAAACUUUAACGAGGGGGAUCUGAAUAUAUUUAGUCCUGCUGAGUGGCGCUGGAAAAUACCCCAAGUUUGCGACAACGAGUGGCAUCACUAUGUCCUUAACGUUGACCAAUCGGCCAAGGUCGAGCUUUUUAUUGACGGUGUGCGCUUUGAGAGUUCUGUUGAGGAUCGCCACAGCAAUCCAGAGGUGAUUGAUGAUUGGCCCCUUCACGCUGCGCACGGCGUCAACACAACAAUGGCUGUUGGUGCCUGUUAUCAGAGCUCAGAAAAUCGUUUAAAACAUGGCUUCAAUGGUGACAUAUCCGAGGUGAAGGUCUCUCUUAAUGGUGUGCUUUCGUCUGAGGAUAUCAGAUGUGGCACCAGUUGCGCUGAACACUUGCUGGAACCUAGUCAGAGCGAGCAAUCCGAUUCACCGGACACUCAAAUCCAGGCAAAUGCUCAAAUGAACGAAAUCUACAUUGAGGCUCAGGGAAAGCACAAAAUUGAACAGCUAAUGCGCAAGGUUCAAUACAUCAAUGUCAAACAAAGGCCAACCAUUGGAAGACGCAAUAUUGAAGUUCGUACCACCAUGUUAUGCACCAAUCAGAGCGCUAUUCGCUUACCAACAAUCGAGACUUACAUUAUGGUGAAUGAGCCCAUAGCACCCGUCAACAUUGGGGCCGACUCGGCUGAGAAGGCUCUGGACACUUCUGCUAUGUAUAAGGUGGACAAGGUGGAAUCGCACCAACAGCCAGAUAGAGCUGAUCAGGAUCUUCAACCCGAGACUAACAAGAUUACGAUAACAGGAACAUCAAAUAAAUUGGUCUCGUAUCAAGAAAUCAAGCUAGGUGUUCAUAUCUUGGACAAGGUCCACGUUGUAAUGUCCACAAAAAACAAUCAGAAAGUGGCUGCCAAGGAAUAUCUCGAUUCGUGUAGCGUGGUUGUUUUCCCCUCGCUGAAUCCGGAUCAUGAGGAAAUUCAAAUUGACGGAGAUGAAUCGCUGUCCUCUACAAUGGACAUAAAGACCAACAUUAAUAAGGAUGGCGUCGAAAUGAUUGGCACGGAUUCAAUUCGUAACUAUCUCAAUGUGUUCCGUGCCCUGGUAUACAGCAACAAGAAACCGGCCUAUUACUUAAACCGCGUCUUCAAGCUAUCUUGUGCCCAGCUCAGUUCCCAAUUCAAGAGUGUGGAGUACACGCUAACGUUGACAGUUCUGCAUCCAAAGCAAACCUUGCCCAAUACAACUAAUGCGCCAGCAUCGUCAUCCUCACUGUUGGGCAAUGGAAACGACAAUGUCCCAGGCCUCUACCACGGUCGCUCAUCCGCCGAUGGCGGCGAACAGGCUUCAGACACUAAGGUUUUCUCCUACUCGUUAUUACACACCAAUGAAGUGCAGGAGCCAAAGUCGCAUGUGCAUUCCAUUGUGCAUAAAGCGGAGGCCGCACAUCCCACAAUGCUGAUAAUCCUUAUUUGCGUUUUCUUGGUCGUUCUGCUUUGCGGUGUUUCGAUUGCACGAAUAAAAAAUAACCAAAAGUACACGGAUCGACAUCAGCCGUGUCCCAAGAUUGCAGAUGAAGGGUUGAUAUGGGAUGAUUCGGCAUUAACAAUCACCAUAAAUCCGAUGCAGACGGACGCUGCCUCUGAAGAUAGCUCCGACUCCGAGAAUUCGGAAUCGGAGGACGAGGAAGUCAUGAAGGAUGGAUUUGCCCACAUCAACCAGCUCGAGUGGGACAACACCAACAUGUUUUCAACGGUAAAUUAAACGAGGGUGUGUUUUGAAUUUAUCUAUCAAGUUGAAAAAUUAAAGAUAUGUAAAUGUGCUUUUAAAAUAUAAACUACAAGAUCAACUA